AUGUCCUCAUCGCACCCUCUCAAGCUAGAUGUUGUCGACGAUGAGCUGCGACGCGAGAAACGGGGGAAGCAGCUGGCGACAGCGGCCGUGGACACGAUGAACGAUGUACGGGCGAUUGAGCGGGCGAAAAAGGCGCAGGAUCUGGUGGAAUUGAAGCUCACAAUGAAAAUGACCGAUGGCGCUUUAUCACUUAGUGAAUUCAAACGCUCCCUCCCACUCCUCUCAGCGGCAUCUCUCGCGCGCAUCGAACAUGAGAGGCAUCUCGCUGAUUUGUGCGCUUAUCCAACUUGCAGUAACCGACCACGCGGGGCUUAUGGCAGUGCGCGUGACACACUACGCAUCGAUAGAAUAUCUCUCUCCGUUUACUCGCAGAAUAGCAGUACAGAUAUCGCAUUCUGUGGCUCGGUCUGCCAACAGCGCGCUCAAUGGGCUCGCACGCGCUGUGUAGGCAAGGUCGAAAGCGAUACCAGUCUGCUCGUUGAUCGAAACCCUCAUCAGCGUGUCAAACUGUUGGAGGAACAAACACCGACACAGUUUAUACACCCGGCGAUAUCGUCGAACACCCCCCUUCUUCCAGCACCACCAACACCACCAACACCGCCAACACCGCCAACACCGCGAAUAACCAUGCUCAUGCACGCGUUCGAUGGAGUGAUGAAGCACACCAAUAAAAUUGUCACCGCAGCAUGUAUCCUCACCCUCAUCACUCACCCUUGCUUCUCCUCGAUCUACGCCAUGGCUGGUGCCGGUAUAGCAGCGUUGAUUGCUAAAACACUCAAACGGUUCAUCAUCCACCCGCGCCCCUACCCUUCCUGUAAACACAACGGUAUGCCAAGCACACACUCAACGGUAGCCGGGUGGCUAUUCGUUAACCUCCUCAGUAGUGGUAGUGCUGUACACCCAGCCUUGAGGGUAGCGGGACUGCUCUACCUCAUUGCCAUACCCAUCUCACGCAUCACUUUAGGCCUACACAGUUGUGUGCAGGUGUCGUGCGGUGCGGCGCUAGGUGUUGUGCUCGCUCUAGGCGCUAUCUACUUUCGGCAAUUUGUCUUGAGUGUUUACUAG